CGUGCGGCGGGGCCACGCCUCCGCAUGACGCACGAGCCGACGUCACUCCUCCCGGUCUGGGCGCGGACGCCAACGACGCGAAGGCCCAAGACCCGACGCCACCCGCUCCCCACUGCCGCAGCCGUAGGCACCAUGGAGGAAGACCACCACCACAGGCCCUCCUCCUCGUCCUCGCCCGGCAGCCGCCGCUUCCUCUCCGGCCUCUGCGCCGCGGCGCUCCGCCGCAAACCCCUCGGCGCCCACUCCUCCGCCGCCGCCUCCGGCGAGGGCCUCGUGCGGCAUCUCGGCGUCCUAGAGCUCGUACUGCUCGGGAUCGGGGCGUCCAUCGGCGCCGGCAUCUUCGUCGUCACCGGCACCGUCGCCCGCGACGCCGGCCCAGGCGUUACGAUCAGUUUUGUUCUUGCUGGAGCUGCAUGUGUGCUCAAUGCCUUGUGUUAUGCUGAACUCGCAUCACGUUUCCCAGCUGUUGUUGGGGGAGCGUACUUGUACACGUAUGCGGCGUUUAAUGAGCUCACGGCCUUCUUGGUUUUCACUCAGUUGAUGCUGGAUUACCAUAUCGGGGCAGCAAGCAUUGCCCGUAGCCUAGCAAGCUAUUUUAUCCAGUUCUUGGAGCUGGUUCCGUUCUUGAAGGGCCAUAUUCCAAGCUGGAUAGGGCAUGGGGAAGAGUUUUUUGGCGGUGUUGUAUCAAUUAAUAUAUUGGCCCCAAUUCUUCUCAUCAUCUUAACUGCAAUUCUCUGCUAUGGUGUCAAAGAAUCAUCAGCGGUGAACACGUUUAUGACCACAUUGAAGAUAGUCAUUGUCAUAGUCAUUGUAUUUGCCGGUGUGUUUGAGGUGGAUGUAUCAAACUGGUCACCAUUUAUGCCAAAUGGUUUCAAAGCUGUAGUCACUGGAGCUACAGUAGUCUUUUUUGCAUAUGUUGGAUUUGAUGCAGUUGCUAAUUCUGCCGAGGAAGCCAAAAGGCCACAGAGGGACUUGCCCAUCGGUAUCCUAGGAAGCCUUCUAGCAUGUGUGUUACUAUAUGUUGCUGUAUGCUUGGUCAUUACUGGAAUGGUGCCAUAUACAUUACUUGGUGAAGAUGCUCCUUUGGCUGAGGCUUUUGCUGCUAAGGGGCUGAAAUUUGUUACUGUAUUGAUCAGCAUUGGAGCUGUUGCUGGACUUACUACAACACUUCUUGUUGGCCUGUAUGUUCAGUCACGUUUGUAUCUUGGGCUUGGAAGGGAUGGGCUACUACCUUCAGUAUUUGCUAAAGUGCACCCAACACGGCAUACUCCUCUGCACUCUCAGAUCUGGGUUGGUUGUGUUGCAGCAGUCAUGGCAGGUCUCUUUAAUGUGCAUAUGCUCUCUCAUAUUCUUUCCGUUGGCACUCUGACUGGUUAUUCGGUUGUAUCAGCUUGUGUGAUCACGCUGAGAUGGGAUGACAAAGAAACUAGUCGUCGCUCCCUUGGAAGUAUGUCAAUAUGGCAAGAGGGUGUUCUAUGUCUUGUCAUAGUUGCUCUUUGUGGUUUUGUAGCGGGACUUUGCUAUCGGUUCAACUAUUCUAUUGCCUUUAUGAUAGUAGCUUUCCUGAUAGCUGUUGCUGCCAGUUUUGCCCUCCAGUUUCGCCAGGUCUAUGGAUCCGUGGAUCCACCUCGCUUUUCUUGUCCUGGAGUUCCUAUGGUUCCAAUUGUCUCUGUUUUCUUCAACAUGCUCCUGUUUGCUCAGCUACAUGAAGAAGCGUGGUAUAGAUUUGUCAUCCUUAGUCUCGUCGCUGUGGGAGUCUAUGCCGGCUAUGGUCAACACAACGCUGUUCCUUGGAGUUCGGACCACUCUGCUGUUGGUUACCAUGGAGUUUCUUGUGAAGCUCCUUGAGCUAUUGCAAGCCUUCGAGUUCAUCUGAAUACUGUGCCAUAGCAUCAUCAGGGAAGCCGGGGCCUCGGAGGUUCUUCAAAAAAAUAUUGCUCAGAGCCCUGCACAGUGCAUACUCUAGAGUUCCAUACUGUACAAAGUGAAUUUAUCAGCCUGUAAAAUAAGAUGCUGUACACCAUUCCAUUCGCCGAGGACGAUGCCAAGAGCAUAUACUUUUCCCCAAAAAGAAAACUAGGAACUGGGGAAGCAUAAUUUGUAGAAACUCAUUGUCAUGAUGUCAUCUAUGACAUAUGCAUAUGUGCUGGAGAGUUCAUAUCUUA